AUGAAGAAGCUGUACAAGAAAGGCACAGUUCAUCCAACGCCGCCGUUGCUUUCAGACCAGCUGCUGUCAUUUUUACCGGCGACAAUCUUGACUUUAACGGUAGCUCUGUCACCGGAAGACAAAGAGGUUUUGGCAUAUCUUAUCUCUUGCUCUUCUUCUACUAACUUUUCAAAUAAUCAUCGUAAAGCCAGUGCAGCCGCUGGCACCACCUCUUCUGUUGGUGCAAAGGUGGAUGCUGACCACCCACCUUCUUUCAACUGCUACUGCUUCCGGUGCUACAUGAACUACUGGGCCAAGUGGGAUUGUUCACCAAACCGUGAACUGAUACACGAGGUAAUAGAUGCUUUUGAAGAUAGUCUUUUGAUGCAAAACAAGAAAGAUAAGAGCAAGAGGGAAAGGAGGAAGGGUAAAAAUGCAAGAGGCAGUAGUCAAGGCUCCGAGGAGUUGAAAAAGCCUGAGUUGAGUUUGAUUAAGAACGAUUUUGUCGAGUCAAACUCUGCCUCGGAGAGCACUAUUGCUGGCGGCGCUGAGACUGGCGGCAGCGUGGAGGAGGAUGAUAAUGGGAUGGAGGAAGAAUUGGAGAAGGGUUCAGUGAGAAAAUUUGUGAGUUUUCUUGGAGAGAAGAUUUGGGGCGUUUGGACUUGA